AUGUAUACCAAAAGUAUAGUAACUUUUGGUGGGGCAAACAUAGUCACAACUUUGACAGACAAGGAAGAAGUGAUAGAUGACUGGGUGGCAGAGAUUUUGCCACGUUACAUCGCCGAUGACAAAUCAACGGUGGUGGGACUAGACAUAGAGUGGAGGCCUCAUGAAAUAUCAUCAAUGAGCAACAAAUCAGCAACACUUCAACUAUGCAUUGACAACAAGUGUCUCAUAGUCCAACUUUUUUACUUGGACUAUCUGCCUCAGUCUCUUAAGAACUUCAUGGGCUGGCCCAAAUUUACUUUUGUUGGGGUUGAAGUAGAUGAUGAUGUGGCUAAGCUUAAGGAUGAGUAUGGGCUGAUUUGUGCUACUAGCAAGGAUAUCCAGGCCCAUGCUUUAGCCCGUUGGCCCAUGAGAUGGUAUCGAAAGCCCGGUCUGAAGGUUCUUGCUCGUAAUGUCGUGGGCCUUUAUAGGGCUAAGCCCAGGCAUGUUUGCAAGAGUGAUUGGCAAGCUAGGGUGUUUAGUAAGGAGCAAGUGGAGUAUGCUUGUAUUGAUGCUUAUGCUUCUUAUAAGAUUGGCUACAAGUUGUUUAUGGGGUGA